AUGCAGGGCUCUUUUUAAGAGAAGUAAGCUUUAGAUGACAUCUUUUCUUAAGUAAAAGAUGUAGAAAAACAAAUGUUUGAUGUCAUAUUAGAAACUUUUCGAAAAGAAAAAGUUUAAGACUGUAUUGGAUAUCUUUCGAAUAAUGGAAAUCAAAAACAGUUAGAAUAAUAAUUCUUACAAAGAUUUAAUUUGAUAUCCGUUGAGAUGGAAUAGAAAUUGCAUAAUUUUAGAAAUAAAAUGAAAUAAAUUAUUGAUGGCUUAAAAAAAAUAAAAGAUCAUGACUUCAAUAAAAAAGACUAUUCUGAUGAAAAAAAUUAUUAAACUAUAAAGUAACUAAUCACAAUAUUGAAGGAGAAGAGAUAGAUGAUAGAAUUUUUAUUAUUUUUAGUUCAUCUCACAUCCAUAGAUAACACUCUAAUAUAAUGUGGGUCUAAUUCAAUAUAUUUAUUAGUUUAGAUGAAUGUGGAUCUUAGAUACAAAAAUUUUGAAAAUAUUAAGGUUUCAAAUACUUCUUUAGUGCGAGCCAACUUUUUUAGUUGCGAUUUAAGUGGAUCUGAAUUUGAAAAUGUAAAUAUUAGCGGAAUAAAUUUAAAUUGUGCAAAACUAUUUCAUUGUAAAUGGUAAAAUAUAAGAGUUGAUUAAUUGCAUCAUUUGAAGGGCCAUCUUUAUAAGGUCAAAUAAAUAUCCUUUUCACCGAAUGGUACUAUGUUAGCAUCUUGUGAUUGGGAAACAUCUUUUCGUAUAUGGGAUAUUAAGAGAGGAAAAAAAUUAUCUAUAUUUUAUAGUAGAGGGAUAAUUUCUAUGUGCUUCUCACCAAAUAGUUUGAACUUAGCAACUUAUGGAAUUUAUCUUAAUAUAUGGGAUAUAAAAAGAGGAAAAAUCAUAUCUAAAUUGAAUUAUUAUAAUGGUUAAGUAAUACGCUAUUCCCCAGACGGUACUACCUUAGCAUUUGAUUAUUCUAAUUUAAUUAUUCUAUGGGAUGUUGUAAAAAGAUAACGAAAAUUUGAAUUGUAUGGCCAUGAUCGCUAUGUUUAAUCAAUAUGCUUUUCUCCAGAAGGAACUACUUUAGCAUCUGGUGGCGAAGAUAGAAUAAUUUAUUUAUGGGAUGUUUAAACAGGAAAGAAAAAAUUUAUAUUACGAUGUUAUGAUGGAGAAAUUGCAUCCUUAUGCUUCUCUCCAGAUGGCACUAUAUUGGCUUCAGGUUGUAAUUAAAUCUAUAUGUGGAAUAUUAAAACAAGAAAAAAAAUUUUUAGAUUAAUGGGUCAUGGUAAUUAUGUAAAGUCCUUAUGCUUUUCUCCUGAUGGUACUACAUUAGCAUCUGGUGGGGAUGAAGAUUUUAUGCGUUUAUGGGAGGUUAAAACUGGAUAAAUAAAAGCUUAAUUAAAUUGCAAUACUUCAAUUUAAUCAAUUUGCUAUUCUCCUGAUGGUAGUAAAAUAUCAUUUAAUGGUGUGAAAAGUUCAAUCCUGUUAUACGAUGCUAAAGCAAUUAAAACAAAUACACAAUUAAAAUAUCAUCGCCGCGUUUUCAUCGAGUUUUUUCCAGAUGGCAAGACAUUGAUGUCUUAUGAUAAAUCUCUCCAUAUUUGGGAUGUAUAAACAGGUAAAGAAAAAUUUGAAUUAAACAAUCAAGCUAAAACUGCAAAUGUAAUAUGCUUAUCCCCAGAUGGUACUAUAUUGGCAACAAAUGAAUACAGAUCUAUUCUUAUUUGGGAUGUUAAAACAGGUAAACUAAAAUUUUUAUUAGAUGGUUAGGCUAAAGUUGCAAAUUCCAUUUGCUUUUCUCCUGAUGGUACAAUAUUGGCAUCAAGUGAGAAGAACUCCAUUUUUUUAUGGGACAUUAUCACAAGAAAACAAAAAUUUAAACUAAAUGGUCACACAAAAGAUGUAAAUUCAAUAGAGUUUUCUUCUGAUGGUACUACAUUUGUAUCAAGUGAUGAUGACUCUAUUCGUUUAUGGGAUGUUAAAACAGGAGAACUAAAAUUUGAAUUAAAUGGUCACACUUAAUCAGUAUGCUCAAUCUGCUUUUCUCCUGAUGCUUCUACAUUAGCAUCUGGUAGUAAUAAUAACUCUAUACUUUUGUGGGAUGUUAAAACAGGAAAACUAAAAUUUGAAUUAAAUGGUCAUACUUAAUCAGUAUGCUUGAUCUGUUUUUCUCCUGAUGCUUCUACAUUAGCAUCUAGUAGUUAUGAUGACACUUUACGUUUCUGGGAUGUUAAAACAGGAAAACUAAAAUUUGAAUUAAAUGGUUAAUAUGUAUGCUCAAUCAGCUUUUCUUCUGAUGGUACUACAUUUGCAUCAAGUUAUGGUAACUCAAUACGUUUGUGGGAUGCUAAAACAGGAAAACUAAAAUUUGAAUUAAAUGGUCACACUUAAUCAGUAUGCUCAAUCUGCUUUUCUCCUGAUGGUUCCAUAUUAGCAUCUGGUAGUUAUGAUAAGUCUAUACGAUUCUGGGAUGUAAAAGCAGUAAAUCCAAAAUUUUCAAUUAAUAAAAAUAGUGAUAGAGUUUGGCAAGUGUGUUUUUCUCCUGAUGGUUCUUCUUUAGCAUCUGUCUGCGAUGACAAUUAUAUAUAUUAAUGGGAUGUUAAUACAGGAAACCUAAAAUCUUUAUUAAAAGGCCAUAAUAACUUUUUUAAUACUAUAUGUUUUUCUCCUGAUGGGACAAUGUUAGCUGUAGUUAGUGAUUAUUCUUUUAUCUUUAUAAUGGAGGCAAAAACAGGAAAAUGCUUAUUUAAAUUUGAAGGUCAUGAUGGAAAUAUCAAUUCUAUUUGCUUCUCUCCUGAUAGCACAUAAUUAGCAUCAGGUAGUUAUGAUAAAUCUAUCCUUUUAUGGGACGUUAAAACUGGGCAACGAAAAACUUAAUUAAAUGGCCAUUUUUAUUGUAUUAAUUCAGUUUGCUUUUCUCCUGAUGGUUCUUCAUUAGCAUCUGGUAGUUGGGAUAAUUCUAUAUGCAUCUGGGAUGUUAAAACCAGCCAACAAAAUGCUUAAUUAAAUGGUCAUAGUGAUUGCGUGUUUUCGGUAUGCUAUUCACCAAAUGGUACUUUACUAGCAUCUGGUAGUUAUGAUAAGUUAGUCAUUCUUUGGGAUGUUAAAACAACCGUUUAAAAAUCAAAAUUUGAAGGUCACACUCAAGCUGUGAAUUAAGUCUGCUUUUCUCCAGAUUCUUCUAAAUUGGCAUCUUGUAGUAAGGAUAUGUCAAUCUGCUUAUGGGAUGUUAAAACAAGACAACUAACAUCAUAGUUAUUUGGUCAUAGUUCCAGCGUUAGGUCAGUAUCCUUUUCGCCCGAUUGUAAUAUAUUGGCAUCUGGUAGCGAUGAUGGGUCUAUUUGUUUAUGGGAUAUUGCAAAAGGAUAAAAAAUUUAGGAUUUAGAUAAGUUUUGUGAAGUAAUUCCUACCAAAUUUCAGAAUCCAAUUAAAACAUUUUCUUUAUACAAUAAUGAUAAGUUUGGUAAUACUUUAAAUUUUAUAUAGUUAUUCCCCAUACCAAACUACUUAUAUCUUAAGACCCAAUAUUAUAAGCAUAAGGAGCUUUUAUUUUUAAUGGAGAGUUCUCAACGCAUUUAAAUACAGAUUUAUAAGAAUUAUUUAAAUAGAAAGGAAGUUAGAUUUUAGAAAAUAAAUUUAAAUUAUUUUAAAAUGCAACCUAAAAUUGA